CUCUCUGUGUGUGUGUGUGUGUGUGUGUGUGUGUGUGUGUGUGUGUGUGUGUGUGUGUGUGUGUGUGUGUGUGUGUGUGUGUGUGUGUGUGUGUGUGUGUGUGUGUGUGUGUGUAAGAGUGAGUGUAGAUUUGUAGAUUUGUUUGACUACCAAGAAACACUCUGUUUGACCCUGAUUUAGCCCACUGCAGUAAAAUAUAUUAAUAACUCCCUUAAUAAAUCCCUUAAUAACUAUUUGAUGAAGAGGUUCUUGUUCACCAGUAUAUUGUGAUAGAAAUAGAAUGUAUUGUUUGGACUUGGUGUAGCCCAGGUUACAGUAUAGUGGUGGAUAAAUAAUGACAGUAUAUGGCACAGCUACAGUGAGAGCUCAUCAUUUGAAUGGUAAUUGGCUGAAUUUGUCCAGAUAAUUCCUGUCUGGAUACAUCUAAGGAACCUACAGUAGAACAAUGCUCUUCGGGGUACGUGUGCAUGCACUUGCACUUUCAAAGAGUGUAGUGACGUCUGUAUAACGUCAUCCUGGAUGUGAACUAUUGUUUUUGUUUUUCGGACAUGACCAGCACACUGACGUCUUUUCUCCUCUCUGACCAGUUUGUAAAUUUGCAGCCCCAUCUUGUGGCAAGGAUUUGUACUUCAAGAUAACUUAUUUUUAUUAUGUAUAUAUAUAUAUAUUUUUUUUUUCUUUUCUUCAAGAUAACUUAUUUUUAUUAUAUAUAUAUAUUGUUUUAUAUAUAGAUUUUUUUUCUUUUUCUUCAAGAUAACUUAUAAGGAAGUGUAGCCAGGAAACAGUAACAUGGAUAUUUAAAUAAAAAAGAUAGUUUAAAUAUAGCUUAUUAAAUGAUAUAUGACAGAUAGUUUUUCCUAGCCAUAGUACUUCUACAUCUUUUCCUAGCCAUAGUACUUCUACAUAUUUUCCUAGCCAUAGUACUUCUACAUCUUUUCCUAGCCAUAGUACUUCUACAUCUUUUCGUAGCCAUAGUACUUCUACAUAUUUUCCUAGCCUUAGUACUGCUACAUCUACAUUGCUUGCUGUUUGGGGUUUUAGGGUGGGUUUCUGUAUAGCACUUUGUGACAUCUGCUGAUGUAAUAAGGGCUUUAUAAAUACAUUUGAUUGAUUGAUUGAUGAUAUGAAGUGAUAUUGGAUUCUUUAUUUCUUGUUGUGUUAAACAGGGCUUAGUUUGGUUGGGUCUCGAGACGACGACGCUGUGUAUCUGUCCAUCUGUCCAUCAUCUCCUCCCACCCUGGGGUUUCCUCUCCCGCCCUGGGGUUUCCUCUCCCGCCUUGGGGUUUCCUCUUUGGCCUGGGGUUUCCUCUCCCGCCCUAGGGUUUCCUCUCCCGCCCUGGGGUUUCCUCUCCCGCCCUAGGGUUUCCUCUUCCGCCCUGGGGUUUCCUCUCCCGCCCUGGGGUUUCUUCUCCCGCCCUAGGGUUUCCUCUUCCGCCCUGGGGUUUCUUCUCCCGCCUUAGGGUUUCCUCUUCCGCCCUGGGGUUUCCUCUCCCGCCCUGGAGUUUCCUCUCCCGCCUUGGGGUUUCCUCUUCGGCCUGGGGUUUCCUCUCCUGCCCUGGGGUUUCCUCUCCUGCCCUGGGGUUUCCUCUCCCGCCCUAGGGUUUCCUUUCCCGCCCUAGGGUUUCCUCUUCCGCCCUGGGGUUUCCUCUCCCGCCCUAGGGUUUCCUCUCCUGCCCUGGGGUUUCUUCUCCCGCCCUAGGGUUUCCUCUUCCGCCCUGGGGUUUCCUCUCCCGCCCUGGGGUUUCUUCUCCCGCCCUAGGGUUUCCUCUUCUGCCCUGGGGUUUCCUCUCCUGCCCUAGGGUUUCCUCUCCCGCCCUGGGGUUUCUUCUCCCGCCCUAGGGUUUCCUCUUCCGCCCUGGGGUUUCCUCUCCUGCCCCGGGGUUUCCUCUCCUACCCCCAGAACAAUCUUCUGAUAGUUUGAUGGAGAGCUGGUCGGAUGACAGCUGGAACUGUUGUCAUAACCGGAGGAAUUCUCGCCACGGUGAUACUCUUGUGUAUCAUAGCAGUGCUCUGUUACUGUAGACUCCAGUAUUACUGCUGUAAGAAGAAUGGGUCAGAAGGGGACACCAGCUCCGCCACGCAGCCCCACUUUGCCUGCAACGCAUGCAGUGCUCCCAGGGUGGACAGGACAGCCGUCACUCCCCUCUCCCUCUCCCCGGAACUCCCUGCCUCCCACGCCACGGGCCCCCCUCGUAACUACUGCCCCACCUGUUCGCCCUACGAAUCACCCUUCUAUAUCAGAACCACCGACGAGAUGCACAACGGCGGCGAGCGCAUCACCUACAUGCCCACGCACUAUGAGAACCCAGCGCUGGCUCUCGCCCUGCCCUCCCUGCAUGGCUCCCUGCUGAGCACCAGCCAGCAUCGCAGCAACCCAGCACCGGACUUCUACACCAACACUCGCGCUAUAAGUACAGACGUGUGACCCACUUCCGAUGUCCUGUUGGCUCAUUUGGUUGGAGCGUCGUGUUUUCUACUGCAGGGUUGUGAGCUCAAUCCCUGUAUAGGCCAUGCACUGUACACAGAAUAUUUGUUCAUUAUUGCUUUGGAUAAAAGAGACUGGUAAAUGACUAUGUUUUUAUGAGGGUAGUCUCUGGUAGCCACUGUGUCUCUCUGCUGACAACUAAAGAGAAGAGGAUGAAAAAGGAGCAUUGAGAGACAACACAGAGCGUUGACCCUUUGACCUGGUCAUGCACUUCCUUGUUCUUUCUCCCUACACUGUGUCAGCUAGCUUCCAGCUGGAUUUGAGUACACUCAAACAGUAUUGUUUUUUAAACAGAGGUAGCUAUCAUGUUUGUUGCUGUUGAAUUAAAAACUAGACUCCUGUAAUACAGAGGCAGGGAGCAUCCCUUAGUGUUCAAUAGACCAAGAACAAUACGCUGUCUGGCGAGGUAGUGUGUGGGAUUCUAAUCUUCACUGUUCGAGGGCUAUCUAUAUCGUGGUUUUACCUGGACCUACUCUUGUCAUUUCCCUGUAUCUGCCAAAAGAGAUUCUCUUUGAUUCUGAACUACAAAAAAAAGCAAAUUACAUUUUCAAGUGAAGGUAAUCAGAAGAAAAUGAACAUAGCAAAAAUAGUGAAGAGACCCUAACUCCUUCAGAGCUUUCUCUAUGCAAGUUCUAUGCACGCAAAACCCGAAUUGGUUGGAGAGAAAAGUUAAACAAUGCAGCUAUCCAGCUUGUAUGUUUUUUUCCCUCCAAAUGUUUGUCAUAUGUAACUGGAACUAUUGAAAGACUAUUGUUUUAUGUUAUUGAAAGAGGUAUGUAGCCUACUGGCUACUUUUGAGACAAUGGAAUUUGAUCACAUAAUAUAAUAACUAGAAUAUUACAGUUUAAAGAUAGUUUUCAAGUCAGGACAGGGGCAUUUUGUAAGUGGGUGAUGCAGUAUUGCAGUUAGUGAUGAUUUGUCUGUCUCUGCACCUGUGUCAUUGAGUGGACUACCAUUCUUUGUGCAGAACACUGAAGCUACAGUACAGUUCAAAUUGUAUUUCUCUUUAUUGACAAUGAUGUAAAAAGUUGUAAAUUUAUAUAUUACCAAAUGCAUUGAAAGCAUUUUUAUUUGUUUGUCUCUUUGAUUAACUGGCUGAUGACUUUUUGGAUUCGGUCAUGAUGCAUUUUGAAUUGGGACGUGUAAGUCUGGUAUGAUUUAGAUGUAGUUUGUGCCAUUUGGUGUCCGCACUCUUCUGAUCAUCUAAUUGUUGAUUCUAUGAACUGUACACAUCCAUGUAUUUACACACUUGAGUGUUUAUUUCAACUUAUGAAAAACUUGAAAUACAAUAUUUAUGUAAUUGGUAACAAAAUACAUAAUUAUUAACCUUGUUAUAUGGCACUCAUUUUUUAACCAAUUAUUAGACAACAUUGCUUGCCAUGUAUGAUAUUAUUUUUGCCCUGGUGUCUUUUUAUGUUUUAGUGUGAAACAGCAAAAAAUGACAGACAUGUAUGAUAGGGUGAUACUAAUUUUACUAUAGGUUUCUAAAAGCACCCUGAUCAGCUACUUCUGUAUAGAGCUGAGAAGUCCUAUACCCUAUCAUACCUGUGACAACAGCAAUGCUCAUAUGGAUACAACGAUACCAACAUAAACAUACAUUUGUCAAUUAAGUCCUUACACUUUUGAUUAGAUGUUAUACGUUUUUUGCACCAGUGCAAGGCUUGUACUUGUAUUUUUGUCCAACAUUAACUAAAGGAAUGCAUAUAUUGGAAAAAAUGCUGUAAGAUGUAGAUUGAAGCAGGAAGCUGUUCUAAAAAUGAUUGUCCAUGAAAAAGCAGUUGUGUGUUAGAACGUUGUUUCUAGUGUUUAUUUGCUCUUUAAAAAGGGGUGAAAAGUGUGUGUCUGUUCAAAAGCUUCUAUAAAUCUGUCAAUUUAAAUCCAAACAAAGACAAAACAUUUCAAUUGAGAAUAUCUAUUACAUGCCCCAUAAGGAUACAUUUUCAUAUUUAAUUCCUGUUGGUUUAGGUUAUUCAUAAAAUACCUAACAGAUAAAAAAAUAUAUACUAUGCUAAAACAAAAGGGUGAAAUAUUAAAAGAGAAACAAACAAAAAAAUUAUUUCACAUUGUUACCUUUUGACAAUUAAAGAUUUAUAACUGCUUGAA